AGGAUCGAUUGGUGGGAGAAGCUGGAAUCAAAUUCACCUAUCUCUGUUUGCUGGUUUUCCUUUCUUUCAACUUCUUGUGCCCCGAUGCAGCAAGAGCUCCAGCCAUUCUCCAGCUGCUUCUGAAGGGAGCCCAGCCUGCUAGGGUGUUUUCAGCUGUUCAGGCGAGCUUGUCUUUGCCGCGGGAGAUGGAACUCAGAGAGGACAUUCCGGCAGCCUGUUUUCCUGCAGCUGAGGAGACGACAUUCAUGGACCUCCUUUUUGAUUUGGAUAUGUCACUGUUGUCAGGGCAACUGUUAAUGGUGGCGUAUCAUAUUUUCUUCUCUUGGGCUCUGUGCUGAAUAUUUCAGUAAGCAGAAGAAAGAAGAUACCGGGAGGGAAAAGGUGCUGCAUCAGGAAGGAAAGAAGGCCAGGGAUCUGACUGAACAAGUUAAAGCUCCAAAGGGAGGAAGAGGACGACAAGGAGGGAGGAGGCAUUCCAACCAAUGUACUUUUAAUUAAGCCCUCUCUCUUUUUUUGGUCAAGGUACAAGAAAUUGUAACUCCUAUCUGCCAAGUGCACGUUGGUUUCUCUCUGCUGUUUUCAAUCUGCUGGGCCCUCACAGGAUGUGUUACAAAUGAAUCCACUGCUUUGCAGCUAGCUGGAAUUGACAUAUUGUAGGUGGGGGGAAAGGACCGGCAAUAAUGCCAGGUUCAGCAGCUGCUCUCCGGCAAGAGCGGCUGAAGAAGCCAGGUAUGAGGCCAAAUACACCUGUUCUGUUUACCAUUAAUGAGGAGGACGAGCAUCUAAAGAGCAACCAUUCCAAGAGAUCAAAAGUAUCUGAGAACUCUAAAGUACUUGAUAAAAAAGCUGUCUCAUCCAGCCCACCCUCUUCUGCCCUUUUAGGACAGGGCACUAAUCCUGCAGGAGCCAAAACAGCACUAAAAGUUGAUGAAAGACAACGACUGGCCAGAGAACGAAGAGUAGAACAGGAAAAGAUUUUAGCAGCGAGAGAAGCUGCUUGGCUAGAGAAAGAGGAGAGAGCAAGGCAACACUACGAAAAACAUCUGGAGGAGCGUAAAAAGAAAUUAGAAGAGCAGAGGCUAAAGGAAGAAAGAAGGCGAGCUGCAGUAGAAGAAAAACGGAAGCAGCGAAUAGAGGAGGACAAGGAACGACAUGAAGCUGUUGUACGCCGCACAAUUGAGAGGAGCCAGAAACCAAAAGAAAAGCAGAACAGGUGGUCCCUGGGAAGUACGCUUCAUCGUAGCAGCAGUGUUAAUAAUACAGAUCCAGACAGGCGAUCUGUUUCAACAAUGAACCUUUCGAAACAUGUUGAUCCAGUCAUUAACAAGCGGCUCUCCUACUCAUCUGCAACAUUACUAAAUUCUCCAGACAGAGCUCGACGUAUGCAGCUAAGUCCAUGGGAAAGCAACAUGGUUAGCAGGCUUCUGACCCCAACUCAUUCAUUCUUGGCCAGGAGUAAAAGUGUAGCAACUUUAUCUGGAGAUGCAGUUAUCCCCAUUUGUCCUCGUUCAGCAUCUUGCAGCCCAAUCAGCCCUCUCUCCUUCAAGGCCAUUAGUUGCCAAAGUCCAGCAGACCGAGCAAAAUUGUUUGGCACAGCCCCUGAGAUUAGACGGCGAAGGGUCACACAUUCAGCUGGGAAUAGCAGGAAAGGAAAGGAAAGAGGACUCUCAUCAACUAAUCCUUCAUCUGGUAAAAGAAGAACUCGUUCACCAUCUGCCUUCAGAAGUAAACCAGCUGCUUGGCAUGCCUCCAGAUCAAUGCCUGUCCUGCCAGGAACACCCAGAAAGAUCACUUUGCUAUCUGGAUCUUCCAAAACACCUUCCAUUCAAGCUCGCCCGCCUUCCCCUGGCAACAUUCGUCCAACAAAACAUGGGAAAAAGGGGACGCUGAAGGAAUCUGAGAAGAUAAUGGAACAAAAAUCAGACCCUAAAAAAACAGCUUCAAAUCCCAGAGUAGCUACAAAUGAAGAGACCUGUAAACCAGAGCCCACUCAAAGUCGUGUUCCAGUUCUGCCCUCUGUUCCUUCAGCAGCUUCAUCAUCUCCCAUCUGUAGCAAAUCUUCAGCAGGGACAACAGAUCCAGAAGAAGCAACCCGGUUGCUUAGUGAAAAAAGGCGACUCGCCCGGGAGCAACGAGAACGGGAGGAGCAGCAAAGAAGGGAGCAGGAAGAGAUUGAAAGACAAAAGAAGGAGGCCUUGGUGCAGAAGAUCGCUGAGGAAAGAGCACGCCGAGAGGAGGAAGCUCAGAAGGAGGAUGCAGAAAGGAAGCAAAAAGAAGCUGAACAGGAGCAGGAGGAGGAAGAGCUACGCCGCUUGGCAGAAGAAAAGGAGGAGAAAGAAAGGAGGGAAAUGGAACUCUUUCAGAAAAAGAAGGAAGAGGAAACUCGGUUACGAGAAGACCAGAUUCGACUGGAACGUGAAAAACAUUUCCAGAGAGAAGAGCAAGAGCGCUUAGGAAGAAAGAAGCGUCUUGAGGAAAUUAUGAAAAGAACUAGGCGAUCAGAACCUAUGGAAAGAAAAUCAGAUGAGCAGCAGAAUGGAGUGAUAGCAAAAGAAAUAGUGAGCAGCCCUACAUCUCCAUUAAGCCCUGUAAUGGGUUCUCAGGUCCAAUGUAUGACAGAAACUCCAUGCAAUGGGGAAAUGGUACUUCACACACCUGCGCUCAUUUCUCACCAGCCCAGAGUAAACUUAGACAGUAAUCUCAACCCACGAAAACAUUCAAAUGAAAAUGGAGUAUCUGCGCAGGAUGAAAACUUUGAAGAGCUCAUCAGUUUACCCAUGGGAAUAAAACCUCCCAGGUUGGAUACCAUGAGUCCUGAAGAGAAAGAUAACUCUGAUAUUCCUUUGACUCCCAUUUUGGCCUUUGAAGAGAAUGGGGCACGAGGGUCAUUGCCUCAAGUAGACAAUGUUCCAACGCCACAGACAGCAGAAGUUGUCUGAGAUCUCAUCAUGAAUUAUUAUCAAAGGCGAAGAAAAAGCCUUCUGAAGCCAAGGGGAUUCCUUCCAUGCUAUGAAGGAGUGUUAUAUUUUUUGUCACUCUUGAAUUUUCUAAAGAUUUCUUGGAUGCUUUCUUUUCUUU